AGCUCAGUUCGGAGCCCGGGGGCCGGGCCUUGGCCUGGCCGGCGCUUGUCCUGCUCGCAUCGCCAUGGGGCGGCUCUCCGGCUCCUUCUUUGCAAACCUCCUGGGCAUGGGCAACGAGAAGCGGACGCUGUCCGAGGACGACUUCGUGAAAUGGUUCAGCACGCUGAAGCCGCCGCAGCCCACGCUGGUGGGGGAGGCGCUGCCCCCGGGGGUGCCCACCAUGGCCUCCCGCUACGGGGUCUUCGGGGGGAAGGCCCUGAUCACCGGCGUGCCUGGGGACGAGAACUACAACCCCAACCCCUGCAUCGAGGCUGAGGCUCGGCCCGCGGCACCCUGCGAGGCGACCGGGGAGUGCCAGGACUUGGCCGAGCUGGCCACUCGCUUCGAGCACGGGUCCCAGAUCGCUCACGCGGCGGCCCUGAACGCGAUCAACGCCAUGCAGGCAGCCCAGGUGCUGCUGCGACGGGUGGACAAGGCUGCCGAAAAUUUGACUCUUCAGCCCGAGCUGAGCCAUCAGAGCGCAAGUGAGCCCAACGGGCCUGGCGGGUAUCCGUGGUCGCUGGAUGAUCAGUUGAUGCUCACAAUUCGUGGGCCGAUCAUGCACGACAACCCCAGCCAGGACUAUGAUUUGGAUCACGACUUCUUGGCAAGGAAGAUGGCCCAGUGGGAUUACGAACAUCGAGUGGUGGAAUAUUUGCAGAAGACCGAAGGCAACCGGCCGCUGCAGCUCAUCGAAAAUCUGGGCAGAAUGCCCAUCAUCGAGCCCAUGCCCACGCCCACACCAAUACAACCCUUCAAAGUGACCUUAAACCCCACAAUUCAGAAUCCCGUGGCACCUGUGGCAGUGGCGGCGAUGCCACUGUCUUUGUGCACUGCCUUUCUGCUGCAGAUUGGCGAGCGAUCCAUUGAUCGAAGGAGAAGGUCCUACAAAGAGUUCUUGCAGUGACAGCAAGUUGUUUCACCGCUGCGGCCCACGCGGCGGAGACAUGUUGAGGUUGCCUCGACACAGUUAACGAGCACACGCAGAAGAAGCAGCGAUGCAGGCGUGCCAGCAAGAGGCAUCAUUCCACAGCUGCACCAAAUCUUGGGACUUCGGAGUCAUUGCCCUGUG